UCCGGUGGCUGCCCCCCGUGCGCCUGUGCCGCGGAGCCGGGCGAGGUCGGUCCGAGAGCCGCUCAGGGCACCGGCGCCGCCCGGGAGUGAGCCGGCGGCGACUGGCGGCGGCCCCGGGGCGGCGGGCUCGGCCGGGAGGCGGGCGGCGGGGCGGUGCCGGGACCGGCACUGGGUGUCUGGCCCGCUGCCGGCGGUCCUCGGGCUGUCAGUCAGGCCGGGGCCGGGGGAAGGAGCGUCCCGUCCCGGAGCGUCCCCGGGCCCUCGCCCUCGCCCUCGCACCCCCCGCCCGCCGCCCCCCGCCCGCCGACAUGCUGCCCGAGCCCGAGUGCCGCGUCCUCUCCAUCCAGAGUCACGUCGUCCGCGGCUUCGUCGGGAACAAGUCGGCCGCCUUCCCGCUGCAGGUGCUGGGAUUUGAGGUGGACACAGUCAACACGGUCCAGUUCUCCAACCACACGGGGUACGACCACUGGAAGGGGCAGGUCAUGACAGCAGGGGAACUCCAGACCCUGUAUGAAGGCCUCAGACUGAACGAUGUGACUCGCUAUGAUUACGUGCUGACAGGUUACACCAGAGACACUUCUUUCCUGGAGAAGGUGAUGGAAAUCAUUAAAGAACUGCGGAGACAGAAUCCCAGGCUGGUCUAUGUUUGUGAUCCAGUGAUGGGUGAUAUAAGGAAUGGGGACGGGUACAUGUAUGUUCCAGAGAACCUUCUUCCGGUGUACAAGGAGAGGGUGGUUCCACUUGCUGAUAUCAUCACGCCGAACCAGUACGAGGCAGAAAUCCUGGCUGGGCGGAAGAUGAACACGGAGAAGGAGGCCGUUGAGGUGAUGGAUGUUCUUCAUGAAAUGGGUCCUGACACUGUGGUCAUCACGAGCUCUGACCUCCCUUCACAGUUAGGGAGCAACUACUUGGUGACCCUGGGCAGCCAGAGGAAAGUGACGGCGGCGGGUUCCCGAGUGACAGAGCGGAUCCGGAUGGAGAUUCCGAAGGUGGAGGCCAUGUUUGUGGGGACGGGAGAUCUGUUUGCGGCCAUGCUGCUGGCUUGGACCCACAAGCACCCGAAUAAUCUGAAGAUCGCCUGUGAGAAGACUGUCUCUGCCCUUCAACACAUUGUGACCCGGACCAUCGCAAAUGCAAAGGCCAUGGCUGGCCCUGGUAAUAUGCCAACUGCCGCCCAGUUGGAGCUGCGAGUGAUACAGAGCAAGCGGCAGAUCGAGAACCCCGAGAUAAUAAUCCAUGCUACUGCCAUCUAAGCCCGACCUGGCUCCACAGCGCCGUGCCCAUGAACCCAUUGUAACCUCUCCUGAACUCCUCCAUCUGCCUUCAGGACUGUGGGGGAGAGGGUCAGCGAGUUCCCUGUUGCUCUCCCCUACACAUUCUGCCGUGCGGGGUGGGGGGGGGGGGAGUCCCCCACGUGAAUGCCCUGCAUCGGGGGGAGUUCUCUCCUCACCUUGCAGGUAUGGAACGCUCCGGUGGAAUCCUUCCCUGGGGAAAGCUGCACAGGAGCAAGUCCAGCCGUGCCCCGCUCACAUCUGGAACACCUGUCCCUCUGAGGUACCAGCUGUGGGUAGGGACUCCGCACUGUGCUGCCGGUGAGAAUGAGGGCAUGGCGUUGAGUUGGAGAAUGUGCAAUGGGAGGGCAUGCGUGCCUUUGUGGCCGUACAGCUGUGAACAAUUACUAGUGGACAAUGACUGGUGAAUAUUUUAGCAGUGAACCCCCUUGAAGGCAGCAGGUCACCCAGCAGUCGCUGGUGAUCUCCGCUAUUCUACAGUGAAUGAUCUCAGAUCUCCUCCCUCAGCCCACGUCCCUGGGAGUCCCACCUGAUAAAUUCCCCUUCAAGUUGAUGUCAAAUGUUGUGAGAUGCUGUAAUAAAAACAGAAACUGCUGGAAAACACGGCCGGUCGGGCAGCAUCUGUGUGGGAAGAGAAAUAGUUAAGGUUUCAGGAAACUCUUCAGAAUGUUAGCUGUUCCACUCUCCGCAGACGCUGCCUGACCUGCUGAGUGUUUCUGGCAUUUUCUGUUUUUAUUUCAGCUUUCCAGCAUCAGCAUUUUUUAAAAAAAACUUUUUGAUUUAUGGAUUCACGGUGCAGGUUGGUUCCUUGUGAAGUUUGCUGGAGGCCCUCCCUCUCGCUGGGAUCACCGGAUCCCAGAUCCGCACCUCCUUCCAUCUCUGUGGUAAAUGUGGCAAUAAAACAGGAACUGCCUUUCCCUUAAUGUGCAGUCACCCACCCACACCCCCCACCCCCCCCCCCCCACACACACACACACACACACACACACACACACACAGUCCCACCCCCCAAACACAGUCCCACCCCCACACACAAUCCCACCCGCGCCCACACGCUCAGUUGCCUGCCCACCUUAUGCUGUGCAGUUUGAUCUGCCUGUGCUGUAUCCCCUCAGCUGUGGGACACAGGCCUUGCCCUAAUCUUCACACUACUGGUGUGGGUCAGCGGCUGACUGGUCAGGCAGAGGUCGGGAACCUGGGGCUCCUGGCACUGAGCCUUUGCUGGAGGUGUGAGAGGGGCUUGUGACUUCCCAGCCUGAAACCUCUCGCCCGCGAUUCCAGGGUCACCGACACCCUUGGCACCAGCUCGACGAGGGCCUGGCACGUAUGGGAGCAGACAGCGAGAGACGGGAGUUGGCUCUCACUGACCAUAAGGUACAGGAGCAGAAUUAGGCGGUUUGGCCCGUCGGGUCUGCUCCGCCGUUCGAUCGUGGCUGAUUCCUGUUUGUCAGGCCCUUCCCCCCUGUACACUGAAUGGAGCUGAGAAAAAGUAAAUCAGCCAUGACUGUCCACUCACUCCAAACCCCAGCCUGAGUCUGCACCCCUUUCCCUGCGGUAGGUAGGGUGAUACAUCAGCUCCCUGCUGCCUCUUCUCUGUGUAAGUGUGCACAGGGAGAGAGCAAACCGUCUGCCGACAUUCGAGCGGUUCCGUUCUUUGCAGGGGUGAGGGGGGUCCAAAGCACUUAUUGUUGAGAUCCCAGGACCGUUCUUGAAUGGGGUGCAGAGGAUGAGGAAACUACCUUCCUUGUGACGUAGGGAGCCCCCCUGCUUCUGCCCAGACAUACCCAGCUCUGACCCACCACCCCACUCACUGUCCAGACUGUGCUCAGUCAGGGAAGCUGACAGUUCUUCAAGAGUGACGCCGUCAGCCUGGGUUUGUGCCGUCCGUCAGCAGCCCUGACUGUUCAUGGGUUGUGGCUGCUGUGGUCACAGGGUGCUGCCUCCACCGUGGUGUGUACUGAUGGCACAUUGUGUUCCCCAGGCACAGUCAGUGUUUGUGUGUGGGACCCGUCCCCCCAGUGAGGGUCAGUGAGUGUGUAUGUGUGAGAGAGACCCGUCCCCCAGUGAGGGUCAGUGUGUGUGUGUGAGAGACCCGUCCCCCAGUGAGGGUCUGUGUGUGUGUGUGAGUGACCCGUCCCCCAGUGAGGGUCAGUGUGUGUGUGUGUGAGAGAGACCCGUCCCCCAGUGAGGGUCAGUGUGUGUGUGUGAGAGAGACCCGUCCCCCAGUGAGGGUCAGUGUGUGUGUGAGAGACCCGUCCCCCAGUGAGGGUCAGUGUGUGUGUGUGAGAGACCCGUCCCCCAGUGAGGGUCAGUGUGUGUGGGACCCGUCCCUUCAGUGAGGAUCAGUGUGUGUGUGUGAGAGACCCGUCCCCCAGUCAGUGUGUGUGUGUGUGUGGGACCCGUCCCCCAGUGAGGGUCAGUGUGUGUGUGUGUGUGUGUGAGAGAGACCCGUCCCCCAGUGAGGGUCAGUGUGUGUGUGUGAGAGACCCGUCCCCCAGUGAGGGUCUGUGUGUGUGUGUGAGUGACCCGUCCCCCAGUGAGGGUCAGUGUGUGUGUGUGUGAGAGAGACCCGUCCCCCAGUGAGGGUCAGUGUGUGUGUGAGAGACCCGUCCCCCAGUGAGGGUCAGUGUGUGUGUGAGAGACCCGUCCCCCAGUGAGGGUCAGUGUGUGUGUGUGAGAGACCCGUCCCCCAGUGAGGGUCAGUGUGUGUGGGACCCGUCCCUUCAGUGAGGAUCAGUGUGUGUGUGUGAGAGACCCGUCCCCCAGUGAGGGUCAGUGUGUGUGUGUGUGUGGGACCCGUCCCCCAGUGGUGGUCACUGUGUCUGUGUGUGUGGGACCCGUCCCCCAGUGAGGGUCAGUGUGUGUGGGGGACCUGUCCCCCAGUGGUGGUCAGUGUGUGUGUGUGGGGGACCUGUCCCCCAGUGAGGGUCAGUGUGUGUGGGACCAGUCCCUCAGUGAGGGUCAGUGUGUGGGACCCAUCUCCUGGUGGAUACCUCCCCAUGUGACAUAUCCUCGUACCAUGCAGAAUGGUUUCCACAGGGAACUGUGUGUGUGACUGGGAAUUGGAACUUGUCUGAGAUUUGCUUUGCCUGUCCCAGCAUGCGUGCGUUCCCUGAAGCCUCACCUGUACAAACCCACUGCUCACACCCAACCUCACCGCCGAAACCCACUCCGAGUGACCCCAACUCUCUGACCUGAGCUUCCUCUGCAGUGUUCCGGCCAGUCCAGUCUCCAGUUCACCCCGGCAGGCUUUUGUCAGGAAUCUAGGGGCAAUACCAAUAGUGACUCAAUCUUGUGGAUGUGUGUGUGCGUGCGUGUAUGCGUGUGUAUGUCUGUACUAAUGUAUAUUCUGAGUAGGUGACGUAGUCUGUGCUCGUUUAUCUGUGUGUGUCUCGCUUUCUUAGAUCCCUGCCGGGUGAGCUUCCCUGCCCUGCCCACCACUGCUCUGUCGUUGAACUGAUUUCCCCCCCUCUCUCCGGUGACCGAGCCACGGCCUGUGCUCGCGGGGAUCGAGCACGCUGCCGAACUUUCUCUCUCAUCACCCAGGGAGUUGCCGGUCUCUCUCCAGCAGGUCGACGGGAGAUUGGGGGAAUGACAAGUGCCAAACGGUUUGUGCGUUGAAGAGAUGAACUGCGCUUGUUGGUCAGACUGACAGGGGACUGAGCUCUGAGUGCUGGGUGUUGCACUCUCCAUGAAUGUUUCUCUAGUUUGCUGGUAGAUUUUGUCGGUCUUGCUUCUAACACUCAAAUUCUGUGCUUCAUAUUUUCCUGUACCGUCCUGUCUGUGCAGUAUUAAUAUAUCAAAUUAAACAAUUAAAAUGAAUCUUUUAAAAUUAAUUUACAUAUAGAUAUUCAAAGAUUUAUCUUUCUGAUUGGAAAUAAAUCAUUUAUUUACUAA